UUAAAACACAAAAAAAAAAAGAAAACAUAAAUAAAAAUACAUUAUUUAAAACCCGCUAGUUGACAUGUGUGCGCCCGAAAGAAACCACCAAAAACAACAACAGCAAUUACCGCACCAAACUGCUGGAUAAAAUUUGAGAAAAAAUAAAUAAAUAAAAGAAAUACAAAUUUGUAAGAAAACGAAAAUAAAUUGAAAGUGUUCAAAGGAAGGCAAAGCGGCAAGUCUCAACAAUGCGACGCCUUUGGGCGAUUUGUUUGCUGCUGGCUAGCGCCAAGGCUCUGCCCACCAAUCAACUGAAUCAAAGUUGCCGCCUCACAACUGAUUGCAGCUCGGCCAUCAAUUUGCGGCACAUCCAACGGCUGGAGCGUUACAUGCGACCAGAGCUGUCGCCGUGCGAGGAUUUUCAUGCGUAUGCCUGCGGCAAUUGGCGAUCGGUGCAUGCGGCCGGCGUAUCUGCAAUGUCGCUAAGCGGGACACGCGUCGAUCAACGGUACGUGGACCUCUUCGAGCGGCUGUUGAGGGAGCCACACGCCCCGGAGCAUCGGCUGCCCAUGCAUGCGAAAUUGUUGCGCUACUAUCAGAGCUGUCGGGCAUUGGGUAAGCCGCGAUUGCGUCGCUAUUUGGAGCAGCUGCCACAUCCAGCCAGCAAUCAUUGGACGGAGCUGAUGGCGCUACUCGGUCGCUAUGGCUAUCACGAGCACUAUGUGAAGAUCGAGGUGAGCCAGCACAAUGCCACAAGGCAUAUGGUGGUCGUACAGCCGCACAACUACAAUCACAGCCUGAACCUCACCACGGCCAUCUACGGUGCCCUGCGGCGGCACACACACGCCCAGCUGCCGCAUUUGGGGCAGUUGCGUUCACAAUUCGGAGAGCUUGACGCGAAGCUGCAGCAGCUGUCGAGGCCAACAAACGGCAGCAGCGAUGAGGAGACGCUACAUUUUUACACACUGGGGCAGCUGCAGCGAGAGCUGCCCGAUCUGAAUUGGACACAUGUACUGCAGCUGCAAUUGGGUGCCACAUAUACAAGUGGGCAUCAGCUGUUGGUCGAUGAGCCUCCGGUUCUGAAACAGUUGAUAACAUAUCUCAAUCAGGCCGAUGCACGUCUGUUGCAGCUGUACAGCUGGGCUCGGUUCCUGCAGCAUCUGCAAAAGUUACCCCACAAUCCACUGAGGCACAAUCACUUCACGGCCAGCGCCAGUUCAUCAAUUGGAUGUGUGCAGCAUAUGCGUAAAACGCUUUAUCUGCCCAUGAAUUAUGCCUACGAGCACAAUUAUUAUGGGAAGCAGCGUGAGGCAGAUGAACGGGUCAUAUUUGGCGUCUUUGAGGAGCUGAAGUCUCAGUUUGCCCAACAGCUGCGACGCAAUGAGUUUGGCUUGGAUGCAACGCUGUUGCCAGCGCUGUUGAAUAAAGUCUACGGUUUGCGACUCAACGUCGGCAACAUGCCACGCAAUGCGAGCGAACAGUUUUUUGUGGACUGCGCCCAGCAUUGGCGUGUUGGCAGUGAUUUUUAUGAGAAUCACUUGGAGAGCCUGCUGCAUUACUAUGCACAUCUGGCGGAGCUGGAAAGGAGUAUGGAUGCCAGCAUGCGACAGCUGUGGUACAGUUUCAAUCAUCAUGGACCCGAGCUGCUGGAUAACAUCGAUGCAACGCCAUAUUUUUAUUGCCUGGGCAGCAUCAUCAUAAUGCCCUAUGCCUAUGUCCAGUUGCCGUUCUACAAUGCUGAGUUUUGGCCAGCGUUACUUUAUGGCGAUUUGGCCAACACUUUGGGGCACGAAAUGUUGCACGCCUUCGACACCUAUUUUGUGGACUAUGAUGCACAGGGUGCGAUGCGCGACUACAGCGAGCAGCUGCUGCUUAAUACCCACUAUGUGAGUGCGGUGAAUUGUCUUAAUGACAGCGAAGUCAUCAUGUUAAAUGAACGUGCCGCAGAUAUCAGUGGCACACGGCUGGCCCUGCAAACCUAUAUGCAACAGCCGGCGGAGAAGCGCAACAAUGGUCGCUUGUAUUUUAUUCAAUUUGCACAAUUCUUUUGUGGCGAGGAGGCGGACAUAUACCAUGACACGGGCAGCAAGCGCCUAAAUUAUGCCUUAGCCCAGAUGCCCGAAUUCGCUGAGGUAUUUCAGUGUGAUCCCGGUAUGCCCAUGAAUCCCGUCGAGCGCUGCAAAUUUUGGUAGUAUCGCAUUUCUAGUAUAAAUCUCUUUGUAUACUUUCGUAGCUGGUGUAUAGCUUUAACUAGUUAAGCCAACAAGUAUUGUAAAUAAAAGUAUGUUUAAGUAA